UCUUGGAAAUGUUGAUAAUCAACAACAGUUUAUUUACGUGGACUUAAUUUUGUUUUUAUUUGAUUAUCUAUUGAUUGUUGACCAUUCCUUUCGUUUUUGACCUUUGAGUUUUGACCAUCAUGAAAGCUUUGAUUCUUGUUGGAGGCUAUGGGACGCGUCUUCGCCCAUUAACUUUAUCUAAGCCCAAACCGUUGAUUGAGUUUUGUAACAAACCGAUGAUCCUUCAUCAAAUUGAAGCUUUGGUCGAGGCUGGUGUUAAUCAUGUCAUUCUAGCGGUUAGCUAUCGAGCGGAGCUUCUUGAGAAAGAGUUGAAAGCUGAAGAGAAACGACUCGGGAUUCGUAUCAGUGUAUCUCUCGAGGAAGAGCCAUUAGGAACUGCCGGACCAUUAGCUCUUGCAAGGUCUUUAAUUACGGAAGACAAUGAGCCAUUCUUUGUUCUCAAUAGCGAUAUCAUUUGUGAUUUUCCUUUCCAUGAAAUGGUCUUAUUCCACAAAUCGCACGGGAAGGAAGGAACUAUAGCGGUAACUAAAGUGAAUGAGCCUUCGAAAUAUGGGGUCGUCGUGUAUGACAACAAAGGAAAAAUUGCAGAAUUUGUGGAAAAACCUCAAGAAUAUGUUUCGAAUAAGAUAAAUUCAGGACUUUACGUGUUCAACACAUCGAUCUUGGAUCGAAUUCAGCUUAAGCCAACUUCAAUCGAGAAAGAUUUUCCUCAAAUGUCUUCAGAUGGACAACUUUUUGCGUUCGAUUUAAAAGGUUUUUGGAUGGACGUUGGUCAACCUGGAGACUUUUUGAAAGGCAUGAGCCUUUAUCUUGAUUUUUUGAAAGACAUGUAUCCAUCAACGCUUCACCAAGGAGUUGGUAUUUAUGGAAACGUGCUCAUUGAUCCUUCAGCUAAAAUUGGUCCGAACUGUCGAAUUGGUCCCAAUGUAUCAAUCGGACCCAAUGUGGUCAUCGAAGAAGGAGUUUGCAUCAAAAGAUGUACCAUCUUACGAGACAGUGUUGUUAAAUCACAUUCCUGGUUGGACAAUUGUUUGAGUUGGAAAUGCUCCAUUGGUCGCUGGGUUCGAAUGGAAAAUACUUGUGUCCUCGGCGAGGAUGUUCUUGUCAAAGAUGAACUUUAUCUGAAUGGUGUUAAAGUUUUGCCAAACAAGUCAAUCAAUGAAUCAGUUCCAGAACCAAAUGUAAUUCUAUGAUUUAACCAUUUUGACAUUCGAUUACAAUUAAUCUAACAAUUUAUUUAUAAUAAUUUCCUUUAUAUAACGUUUUUAAUUGCAAAUUAUCAAUAAUAUAUAAAAUUUUGUCUUAAUUUUCACUUUUUUGGGAAAUAUUGUUACAUAUAAUCUAUUCUUGUAUAAAAUUGUUAUUUAAAUUACUAAACUUAAUUGGAAUUGCUUGUUUUAUCAAACUGUUUGAAGUGACUUGAUCGAGACAUUGAUUAUCUAAAAAACUCAAAACUGAUCGAAACUUUAAAUUGUAAUCAACUUUAUUUAAUAUGAUUCUUUUGGAAAAAGGGAAUAAAAUUGCUAUUAAUUAAUUUCCUCACUUAAA